AUGGCUGAUACCAAAGAGUCUACCAAUGAGCAUAUCAACCAGACCACCUCAGAGAAUGGCGACCUCAAGGGUGCUACUGCUGAAGUGAAGGUCAUCACCGGUUCUGGAGCCCUCGCGGAGGCCAAGCUCAAGGAGCCGGUCGCACGUUUCUCGAGCCAUGCGUUGAUGCUCUACAUCUGUGCUGUCGUCGGCUUCUUCUGCUCUACCUGCAACGGUUUCGACGGAUCUAUGUUCAACUCUCUUCUCACAAACGACACGUUCAAGGAGUACUACAAGGUCGAGUCCACUGGUGCCUGGGCCGGUAUCGUCACCUCCAUGUACCAGAUCGGUGGUGUCGCUGCUCUUCCUUUCAUCGGUCCUGCUUGCGACACCUGGGGUCGCAGGUACGGAAUGAUGAUCGGCGGUGCCAUUGCCUCUGCAGGUGUUAUCAUCCAAGCCACCACAAAGCCUGGUGAUAGCGCUGUUGGCCAGUUCAUGGGCGGCCGCUUGCUGCUCGGUUUCGGUGUGCCAAUUCUUACCACCGCCGGACCUCUGCACGUUAUUGAGACCGCGCACCCUGCUCAUCGCGGUGUCGUUACCGGUCUCUACAACACAUUCUGGUUUGUUGGUUCCAUUCUCGCUGCUGGUGUCACCCGAGGCUCCGUCAACCUUGUAGGCAACAUGAGCUGGACCGUGCCCGUAUGGCUGCAGAUCCUCUUCCCUGCUCUGAUCCUCUGCCUGGCUUGGUUUCUUCCUGAGUCACCUAGAUGGCUCUAUACUCGUGGCAAACACUCCGAGGCCAAAAAGGUUCUCGCCAAGUACCACGGAUGUGGCCGAGAGGACAGCAUUUGGGUCACUAUGCAGAUCAACGAGUAUGAAGAGUAUCUUAACAUGGACGGUGGCGACAAGCGCUGGUGGGACUACGGUGCACUCUUCAAGCACCGCGCUUCCCGCUACCGUCUUGCUUGCAACUGCACGGUAGCUAUUUUUGGCCAAUGGGCCGGUAACGGUGCGGUCGAUUACUUCCUUGAUGGUGUUCUGGAAUCGGCCGGUAUCACUGAGCAGCUGAAGAAGAUGAACAUCAACUUGGGCAAAUCUUGCAUGCAACUGAGUUUUGCCGUUAUCGGUGCCUUUUUCGUGGACAAGCUUGGUCGACGCCCCAUGCUCAUUGGCACGUUCUCCACCGUCACCUUCAUCUGGAUUGCUGCCACCGUAGCCGUAUCCAUCCAGAAGAGCAGCGGAUCCGACUCUGCCAGCAACGCCUUCAUCGCCUUUAUCUUCCUCUUCAACGCCGUCUUCGCCUUUGGUAUCACACCUCUUCAGGCUCUGUACCCUGUUGAAGUCUUGUCCUUCGAGAUGCGCGCCAAGGGCAUGGCCUUCUCGAACUUGUCCCUCACCACUGCCAUGUUGAUCAACCAGUUCGCGUACCCUAUUGCCCUGAAGAAGAUCGAGUGGAAGCUCUACAUUGUCUUCAUCAUUUGGUGCCCAAUUCAGGCUUUUGUUGUCUGGAUGUUCAUCCCCGAGACCAAGAACAGGACGCUCGAGGAAAUCGACGACAUCUUCAACAGCCCCAACCCCCGCAACGCUUCUCUCAUCAAGAAGAAGGUCGCCACCGAUCACAGCGGCAACAUCCUCGAGAUCGAGAAGAUCUAA